GCUGGUGGCAUGUGUGCAGAACAUCAAACAGGGCAGAGCCUUUAACAAAGGGUGGAGUUUAGCAGUUAGUGCCUGCAGUUGAGUCACACGCAAGACUUGCCCGAGGUCAGUUCCUUACAUCCGUGUCCAGGCGCUCAGGGCACGCCUUCUUCUCCUCCAAGCCUUGCAGACAGAAAGUCAGGCUUGCGCCCAGGGGUGGUGCUAAACCAAACUUCAACUCCUUCGCUGCCCCGGGAUCUACCGAAGCGCUCGGGACUAUCACAGUUCAUAAAAAUCAGCACUAUGACUGAUGGGGACUAUGACUAUCUGAUCAAACUCCUGGCCCUAGGGGAUUCUGGGGUUGGGAAGACGACAUUCCUUUACAGAUACACAGACAACAAAUUCAACCCAAAAUUCAUCACAACAGUAGGAAUAGACUUUCGGGAAAAACGUGUGAUAUACAAUAGCAGAGGACCAAAUGGAUCUCCAGGAAAAGCCUUUAAGGUCCAUCUACAGCUUUGGGACACUGCUGGGCAGGAAAGAUUUCGAAGUCUCACCACAGCAUUUUUCAGAGAUGCCAUGGGCUUUUUAUUAAUGUUUGAUCUCACCAGUCAACAGAGCUUCUUAAAUGUCAGAAACUGGAUGAGUCAACUGCAAGCCAAUGCGUACUGUGAGAAUCCCGAUAUAGUAUUGCUUGGUAACAAGGCUGACUUAUCAGAUCAGAGGGAAGUCAAUGAGAGACAAGCAAGAGACCUUGCAGAUAAAUAUGGCAUACCAUACUUUGAAACAAGUGCAGCUACUGGGCAAAAUGUGGAUAAAGCUGUGGAAAUGCUCCUGGACUUGAUAAUGAAGCGCAUGGAACAAUGUGUUGACAAGACACAAGUGUCGGACACAGCCAAUGGAGGAAGCUCGGGGAAGCUAGAUUCAGCAAAGCCAGAGGAGAAAAAGUGUGCCUGCUAGACUUCACCUCUAAACUGUGAGAACCAAUAAGAAUAUUUGAUCUACCACUAAAUUCAAACCUGGCCAUGCACAGAAACAAAGUUGUCUUGUUUGGGUUUUUGCUUUUCUCAAGAGAACUGAGUUUUCAGAGAGGCUUCUGUGCUGGAACAAAUAUUCCUGAUAUGGCACCAUGGAAGAGCUAAGAGUCCUCAUCUUUAUCUUAACACAGUCAGACUAGAAAAUGUAGGAGAGCUGUUCCCUCCUUCCUUGGAUGGAGAAAAAACUAUUGUUUCUAUGGGGUGGGGGAGAAAUAAUUAAAUUGAAUAUCAUGAUAAACUAAAAAGGGGGUACUUUGUAGGUCUCUGUCUUAAAUGAAUCUUGCUUCUUUAUACUACUUUGUAUUUACGUCAGAGACCAGGCAUUUGCUCAAGUGGAGAUAUGAGUAAAGAGAAUUUUAUGUGGUAUAUUAAGAAUGACCUUAUUACUUGCACAACGCAAGCAAUGGUGUGACUGACUGGUGAUGAUUUAGUGUGUGAGGAGAAAGGGGUGGAGGCUAUCUUUUUAAAAUGAAACUAGGGAAACAUGCAACAUUUAUUUGUGUUGCUAGUAAAUAAUCAAGCAGGGUUUGGAGGGUUAGGGAGAAGAUACUCAAAUUCCAGCAUUACAUGGAAAAGUGGCAACACUUACUGUUUGAGGACGGCAGAAUGCAUUUCGUGGAGUGUCUUGCAAAUUUCACCAUAAGCAAAAGCAUUCUUUGCUAAUCAAAAAAAAAAUCGGUGUUCGACACGGCUGUGUGCAUCACAUAGGGCAUACAAAGGGAAUUGUGAAAAUGGUAUCACUGUCUAUAAAAGAGUUGCAAAAAAUGUAUAGCACUUACUGAUUCUCUAAAAGAUUAUUCAGUUGUUGACUGGGAACUCACCACCUGCCAUGAUUUGUGAUGUUGCCAGUAUGCUUUGCUUUGUUUUCAAAUCAGCACAACAUUCUCGUAUACAAAAUAGACUAGAAAGUGAUCCUCCUUGUAAAAUACUUCUAAGUGGGGAUUUGGAAUGCCAACAUAUUAAAUGUGAUCUAACACUAGAUAAAAUAUAUUGUGUAGAGUCUAUAGAAAUGGGGUGGAUGGCAGGUAAUUAGAAGGCACUGCCAGUUGCAUUAAAAAGUAAAGCAGGAAGGUAAAAUGUAACUUUUUGUAUUGUCUUAGUAUCUCUGAGUAUGGAUGAGAGAAGGAAUGAGAGUUCUAUUACAACAAUGUCUCAUCACUGGCUUCUCAUUUAAAUGCAAAGAAUACACGAAAAUAUUUAGGCUUUACUUUUUUUAAAUUGUUAAGGAUCUAACAACAUAUUUAAAGGACUCCAUGAAUUUGUACUUCCAGACUAACUUUUUUAAAAAUCACUCCAGGGAAAAACGUUUCACGGAAGAGCUCCGCCAAAGAGCAAAACUAAAUUGGUUGGGUUGGGGGAGAUGGUGGAAGGGAGACAGACUUCCUCUGCUUUAAACAUAAAGCAAAUGUGAGGUUUUCAGUUUGUUUUUGAAGCACUGUGAUUCUGAACCAAUUAAGCUUUCCAGGUGGCUGGUCCACAAACUAUCUGAUUUAAUACCUUUUUUGGGAAAAUAUUGUGGGUUUACCAGCUGCUUUGGUGACUGGGCAUCACACUUCCUGCCCAUCCCUCCCAAUGAUAUUUACUGAAAGAUUUGGCAUGUAGACAGGGCAGAUGGUCUGACAAUAAGGGUAGCCGUUUUUGUAGGUUGAGUAACCAAAUAGCCCCUGUAAACAAAUUGGAGAGAGAAAAUCAGUUUGCUAAGUGUCUAAAUGAAGACAUACUCUAUGCAGCAAGUUCUGAAAUACCUGCUGCCCUUUUGUAACCCAUAAAAAGCACAUGUUACACAUGAACUUCAGUGGCUGCAGGACAGACACUGUUAUAAUUGGUAGCUAUUGCCUAGGCAAAAACUAUAAAUGUUGGAGUAGGCUGUUUAAAUUUCAAGUACAGUCCCACAAAAUUGAGGAAAAUUGAGUUAGUGGAGUUUCUCUUCCUUUAAAUACUACCAGAGCUUUGGAGGACUUAACUGAACAAAGUCUGUGAUAAGGGUAGGAAUGGUUGUAACCUGGGAUUUCCUGCCUCAUUAUUUUUAUUUUAUUUUUUCCCUAAAUCCUCAGCCAGGUAGAAUCAGUACUUAAUUUACAGUGUCUGGUUUUUCCCAUUCAAACAGGGUGAGGCGGCCAGCCCUCUUGAAAACAUGGCUUUUGCCCUCAUGUUAUCCAAAGCAGACUGCUCUACAGCAGGACCCUGUAAUCCUCCCCUUUUAAACUCCAUUGCAUGACAACUCCCAAGGGAAAGGGCUGUCUCAGAACUGGUGUUCCUUCUAAAUUUAACUGUUCUAAGACAUUCCACUGCUUGAGGGUGAAAUGUGCAACAAUCACAACUUGAAGGGCUCCCUAGGCCAUGGGAGCUUGACCCCCCCCCCCCACCACCACCAUCGACUCACCCCAGGUCACGCUGGAGGGUGACCCAUUGUGGGACCUGACAUGGCUAUUACCCAUUUGGGGCACACUCCAGAGCUCCCCCCAUGAGGUCACAGCACAAUGCAGCAUGACCCAGCUCCAAUUACCCUGCCCCACCUGGCAGGUCAGGAUGGGCUGAUCUCAAAGCCAGGGCAGAAACUUUCCAGCCUCUGUGCAAAGCUUCCAGCCAGGCAGCUCCUCCCCAUGCUCUGCACACAACUGCAGCAGGUACCCCAGGCCUCCCCCUACCCUGGAUUAGUCAGCACCGGGCCCCAGUUCUUCCAGCAGGGCCUGCUGGUCCCUCCCCAGGAGCUUUAGCAUUUGUACGGCAGGUAAGUGGUCAGUUCAUUGGCAGGAAGCCAUGUCAUUGCAACACUUUGUUGGGGGGAUGACAGCAUUUCCUGCCAAUACAGCACUUCUUCCCCCCCAUUUCAUUCCAGUCACUCGAACUUGGACUUGGCCCUGUCCCACCUUCCUCGUAUGUUAAGCAGCAGCAGGAGGCCCAGGCCGACCUUAGCCAGUGACAUUGCUUGCGUACUGUAGUUGAGACUGGUAGGCAGUUGAGUAUGGCAUAGUCUCUCUAUUGCCUUAACAUACUAGCUCAUUGAAAAAGCUCUUAUCAAUUUUUAAUGAUCCCAGUCUUGCUGCCAUCAUAAAUUAUUUUCAUAUAUUAAUGUGGUUGGGCUGGUAGCCACCAAACCAUAGUGUGGAGGGAGGGAAAGAAAAGUAAAUCUAUACCUUAGAUACAAAGUUUUGCUGAGUAGCAUUCAGCUACUAUUUAAAAUUAACUACAAAGCAGUUAGUAGCUGAUUUGGAGAACUCCCAGAUUCAUUUUUUCCAUAAGAAACUAGAUAACUUCCUUAUUUCUUAAGUCUCCCCAGCUUGCUUCCAUUUCCCCACACCCUUCUUGUUCCUCCUAACUACUGUUUUUAGGGUCAGGUUCUAGUGGAGAGAAGUCUGCUAUAUUCGUGUAAUAGCCUUUGGGGCCUGAUUCUAACUACUGAGCAGAUGCAAUCCCCAUUCACUUCAAUGGGUGAUUUGAGAUGAUGAGAUUCUCAUUGGGCUCACUCCUUUGUGUUAGUGAAGAUGUCUCCAUUGCUGCAUGCAAUGGAAGUGAGAGUUUCCAUGUUAGUGUCCUUUUUACUGUAAGCUACCCUGAAAUGCUUAUCUUGAGAGCAGUGUGUCUUAAGCUCUUAAAGUGCCUGUAUCCAGUGGAAUUCUAAUGUAGUGAAGUCUUACCCUACUGCCCCAACUCCCUCCCUUAACCACUUCCUAUAAGAAAAGAGGGGACAUGGCUGCAGUUGCCAUUUGAAGCCUUUUCAAUUUUUCACUAUCUGGAGGUUCACUAUGCACAGAUCCCACUAUGUAACUUUUCCAUAACUGAUAAUGUACUGAGUUGACCAUACCGAGUGACGCAUGACUGGUUGUGACUCAUUUGUGCACCAAUUAGUUUCCAAUCUCUACGUUGCAGCUGAGACAUUAAUAGAAUAGUUCAAUAUCUACACAGAUGUGGUGCUGAAGUAGAGAACUCAGUCCCUUGCCAUGACACUCAUAUUUACCAGUUCAAACUCUUUAAAUUUUCAUUCUGAACUGCUACAGAGUGUAGCAGCUGCAAAACCUGUUUUUUUACACCAGUAUUCUUUGGAGCACUGCACUUGAGCAUAAUCCUUCCUUCAAAUACCCCUAGGACCACAUGGCUCUAAAAUGAAUUCACUUUCAUGUACCAUUUCCAUCAAGAAGUAACCACUCUCUCAUUUUCAAGUAAUCUAGACUCGGUAUUUCAACUUUGCUAUUGCAUAAAUUAUGUGGUAUCCAGUUGGAUCAGAAGCUCAACAUCUGCUUUAUGUACAAACACAACCUAGCUACAAGCCUUCUAACUAUCCCAAAGGCAUUGGAACAAUGACUCCUGCAGUUGUACAUGUGUAUACAUAAGUACUUAAUAUCAGUAUAAGCCUUCUGCUCCUGCUAACCUUUGUUUCUAAAUUUAAUUCACAAAUUAAUCACUGUGUCCUGCUGGUUUCUCUGUCUUCUCCCCUAGAAAUGUGUGCCUCCCUCCAGAAUUCCCCUCCUUAAUACCCUUUUUUGUAACACUCUUCUAGGUAGUGCUCAUUUCUGAGUUUGCAGUAAUACAUGGUGCUAUGCGUGAGCCAACCCUGACCAUGGUAAUUACUUAAUCAAGGAAUGACAUGCAGCACCCAAGAUGAUAAUACUGCCAAACCUAUGUAGAUCUGAUUUUCAAGGACUCUAAACCCAGCAACAAUGUGCUGAUUUCUUUUUCUUUGAUUUGAAUCAGGUAUGUCUUAGGUUCAUCGACUCUCUUCAGAGGUAGCCUCCAGGCUUUGUACAAAUCAGAGGUCAUCAGAUUUUUGUCUCGUAUGUUUUCUUGUUCAUCUCCAUCCAUGCUCAAUUAACUUUUUGAUCUACUGUAGGGUCAGAAAUCAUUUCUUAACUCCAGGUAGUAGUCCAUUAUUUCUUCCUGAGUAACAUUUCUUCCUGUUACUAGUAUCUACAAGUAUUUUGUCCUCCUAAUCUGAAGCAUGAAUGUAAAAUUGUGACAUUAUUUAAUACACUAAGCAACCCCACAGCAUUGUAUGAAGACUUAUUUCAGAAUGGUCAAAAACAAGAAUGUAUUAUUAAAAAAAUCUUUGUUUCCUGUAACCUUCACCCCAGCCUUCAGUUCCAGCUGUUGAAGUGGAACAAUGGGUUAGAAAAAUACCAGUGCAGAUGGGUAAAUACACUUUAAGAAAAAAAGUCAUUGUUUUAAGCUUCUGAAAUAAGUGGUGCUCUGCUGCAUGAAAACUACCAUUUUGAGAGUCCAUAAAACUCAAGUAGGAAAUAUUUUAGACAAACCAACCUUCUCAGCCAUUCCCCAAAGCUGAAAGUCCUCUUAGCCAAAGUUAUCCAUUUAAUCCUGGUUCUCAAUCUCCAGCAUCCUUUAUUUGUUCUAAAUUAGUCUUAUUUUCUAUCUCUAGCCUGAAUUUUAAGGGUCUUCCAAUGCAUCUGUGGGAAAAUGAAGGAUGAUUGAUCUGGUGGCACUCGAAUCAAAAACUUCUUUGCAAAUAUAGAAACCUUUUUCUGCAGUGAGUAUACAAUAGCCAUGUUUACAUUGCUCUAAAAUGAUGUCUCAGCUGCUUCUAUGACCAAAAGCUUCUUAAAUCCUUCAUUGUCACCUAUGUAAUCUGCAUGUUACAUCCUCUACAGGUGACAUUGUCCUCAAUACAGGAGCCCAAACAUGGACGAGUGCACUACUUAAAUCUCAGAGUUUAAGGGCAUAAGAAGGGUGCACAUAGUACACAGGUUUUCCAUAGUGACGUCUUCAUGGGGGUUGAGUCUGUCUCUAAGAUUACCCCUAGAUUAUAGACCUGACCUAAAAUGUUCACCGGGUCUCCAACUCGGCAAAGUGGUUAAGAAUAUGCCAAAGUGCUUUUCUGAAUCAAGAGCUGGGGCACCUUUAUGGAGAGAAGUAGAACUGCCAGAGUAGAAUAACCGUAGUUCAAAUCCUUAAAAAUGCAACUGGGUAGAAAAGACUUACUUUUUUAAACUAUGUAAGCUUGUGAACAGGGUUGUUUUGAUUUCUUUUUUUACUAUCCAGUUAUUUGAAAAACUAUUAAAUCAGCACUGGGGAAAAUGUUAAGUGUUUUUAACAUUUAACAUUUAACAACAUUAACUUGUCUCAAAGAUUGGUUGCAGCCUUAAGCAUAUGAUUUCUAUUGAUAUAAUGUAAAGAGUAUAGCCACUCACCUGUUUGUGUGGCAGCAGCACUGCCUGUGCUGAACUGUUCCAGGAUUAGACUCCUACUCAAGGUGACAGCAAAAAAGAGUUUGAACUUAAAAUGCUCUUCUACGUUUUGUAACUUACUUACUUUACAUCAUUAUGAAACCUAGUAUUAGUUCCCCCUUUUUCUGUAAAAUACAUCCAUCUGUCUAACUUUCUAUGCUAAUUCUUUUGUUCUAAUUUUGACCUUUUUCCCCAAAAUUAGAAUGUGAAACAAACAAAACUUUAAAAUGCACAGGGUGGAGAAUUUACUGCAAUUGCCGCUGUCAAUUUAUGUAAGCCCCAAAUGCUAUCUUUCUUUGAGGACUACAAAUCCCAUGUUUGCUCUUUAGAGCAUACCCUUUUAUGUUUAAAAAGAUACUGUUAUCUCUGAAAAUAUAUUGGGUCUCCAAAGAUGUACUUGGGUUGCUAAUAGCCUAAACAUGUCUUUAACUAAAACUUGCCUACAUAAAUAUAUAAAAUUCCUUGUGUAUGGUACCAUUGCCAUUGAAGGCAAGAAAGCACUUUUCUGGAGCUUGAAAUAAAGACUUUCUCUAAAAGAUGUGAAAAGGAAUGUAGAUAUUCCAUUUUUCUUGUGGUGGGUCAUAGGUGCCUUUUCAACAGUUACUCCCAUUUCUCCACGACUAUGUAGAUGAGACUGAUUGAUAUGCUGUACCAAAAAUCCACAAAUUAUUUGUCUUACAACAUGUAGUUGAGAGACGCUGCCAUUAGCUAUACUGCUAAUUUUGUAAAAUCUGUUGCCUUAGAAAUAUUUUGUGAAGGCUAAAUCUUAGUUAAAAUUUUGAAUAUGUAAAGAAUUAUCAAACACUUGUUUAGAGUUUAGAUAACACUGGGCCAUUAGACUAACUAUAGAAAAGAUAUAUAAUAGAGAUAUUUUGAUACCUGCUUGACAGCAAAUAUUUCAAAACCCGUUUCACUCAAAGUGGAGAGUUCAUCUCCUAAAAUUAAUACUGUAAGGCUUACAAAUAGAUCCCUUGAUCAACAUCCAGCCUCUAGAAACAUAGAACCAAAAUAUCCAGCUAGAACUGUACUUCCAAUAGUAAUCAAACCUAGCUGUGAACUGUCUUAGACACUUAAAGAAUUCUGCUUUCUUUAAUGGAGCCACUUGUAUCAGUGGUGCCAUAACUGAAGGAUCCUGGUAAUUAGACAGGAAACAGAAAUUAGCAACUGCUACUCUAGUACCGGUACAAAACACUAUAUAGAGAUUUCAGGCCUCAUUCUGAUUUUGCUCAAAACUGCAUUUUUACACUGGUGUAACUCCAAAGAUGGUCCAUUUGAAUCAAGUAAGACCAGGCUUGCAAUAUCUUUUGGGGUGUAUUUUCAACAGGAAACUGUUUUCAUAGCUGCUUUCCUGUCAUCAAUAACAUGUAAGCCAUCUGCUCUAUACCCCUCCUAUCACUGCCUAUAGGACAAUUUUUGAACCAGAGACAAGGCAGUCAGCUGAGAACCAUCCCUCUGGCUGGUGGACAGAUCUGUUUUUAGAUUGAUUUUUUUUUUUUCUUUUUAGGUCUAUAUUUGCUAGUUCAGGGAAAUACAGAUGGUAACUCAUUGUGUGCUUUUUUUUUUUGUAUGGUAAUUUAAAAAUGGAAAAUAUUCUUUAGAAAGCAUACCCUAAAGGGGUCAAGCCUCAUUGCUCAAUAGGGCUUUUAAUGUACAUACUGUAUACUCUGAUACCAAUUGUAUCUCACUGGACCUUUAUUUAUGGAAGUCAAAUUUUUUUGUUAAAGGUAACCGGCCAACAAAUGCUAACAAUGUUUAUUGUUACCUUUAAAUGUUCCGUUAUGUCACCUUAAGCAUGUUUUAUGUUUGUCUUUGCAACAGAUCUGUAAACGUUAUGCCUAGUGAUAUGAAUGUGAUUUUAAACUCAUGAACAUAGUAUUUUUAUUAUAUAUGCCCCUUGAUAGACUGUGGUGCCUGCAUAACACUGUUAACAUUAUUUUGUUGUACCAACUUACUGAUGGCUUCAAAAUAUAUUGUCCAAUGAUUCUCUGGUGUCUGGGUUUGUAUGAUAUGGUCAAGGAAUGUAAUCCUGUGAUUCAGUUUCUGCACUGCUCUUUUCAAAAUAAAAAUGCAUUUUAUAUCU